AUGGAUUCAAGGAAUACAUAUAGUCAGUCUUCUAGUUAUGUAGGCUUUCUUAACAGUCAACAAGAAAAUGUUCUCCAUAAAAACUUUUCUUAUGAGAGUUUUCAUUCUAGGGUUAACAUUGGAGCAUCAGAAAUCCCUCCUUUCAGCUCACAACAAUCUGACGCUCCAACUCUACCUGAAGACACACCAGUGGACCAUAGGGAGAGAAGGAAAUGGACCCCAGCUGAUGACGAGGUUCUAAUCAGUGUGUGGCUAAACACAUCUAAGGAUGCUGUUGUUGGAAAUGAACAAAAGUCAGGGACCCUCUGGAAACGAGUAGGAGAAUAUUAUGCAGCAAGUCCUCAUGCUAGAGAGGGUGGUGAAAAGAGAGAGCAUCUCCAUUGUAAGCAGAGGUGGUACAAAAUCAAUGAUCUCACUAACAAGUUAUGUGGCGCAUUUGCGGCUGCAGAGAGACAAAUUAGCAGUGGUCAGAAUGACAAUGAUGUUCUCAAGGUGGCUCAUGACAUCUUCUACUCUGAUCACAACACGAAGUUUACCCUUGAGCAUGCGUGGUGUGUGUUGAGGUAUGAACAGAAAUGGCUUAACCUUAACACUCCUAAAGCUACUAGCAGUUCAAAGAGAAAAACUGGUGAGACAGGUUCCCAAACUUCAAACACCAAUGUUGGUGAUUAUGAGAUCCGGCCUGAAGGUAUCAAGGCUGCAAAAGCUAAAAGGAAUAAUGCUCAAGGGAAGUCUCUUGCUGAGUAUACGAGCAUUUGGGAAAUGAAGAAGGAGGAUUUGGCGAUGAAGGAGAAAUUGUCAAAGCUGGCCAUACUAGACACUCUCCUUGCCAAACAAGAACCACUAAGUGAGGCUGAAGAAGUUGUUAAGAAUAAGCUUUUCGCCGAGUAUUUCUAA